AGGAACGUCCUCCUGGACAGACAUAAAGACGUCCCUGCAUGUGUUCCUCAAACAGUCAGAGAGUGAAAUCCUUCUGCGGCUGCCUGAGCUCAUGCUGCAGAAAGAGGAAGGCAUAAAGGGAAGUGGUAAAUUUCCUGAGUCUUGACACCGUGUGCUCAUUCUGCUGAACCGCUGAACCCACAAACUGUUUUUAUUAACCUACAAAUCAUUUUGUCCGAUUCAUCAUUACACAACAGUUCAUUUAUUUAGCCAAAAUGGCAUCAGAGCAAAAUGCCACCUUCACCACAGUUGGAAACUUGACAACCCCGAUCCCGGGUGGAGGUCGAGGUGGAGGCUGCCCACCAGUCGGUAUUCAACUGGAAGGUGUGAUCCUACCCCCGGUCCUCACCAUUGAUGUCAUACUGGGGCUGCUGGGUAAUGUAGUUGCCCUGUGGAUCUUUUGCUUUAAGCUGAAGGCCUGGAACCCCAACAACCUCUUCCUCUUCAACCUGGUCAUUGCUGACUUUCUGGCUCUGGUCAGUCUGCCGCUGAGGAUCGAUGCCCUGCUCAGGGGCUACUGGGUGUUUGGAGAUGGCCUCUGCCGGAUCAACCUCUUCCUGAUGUUUUCUAACCGCUCGGCCAGCAUCGCACUCAUGACUGUGGUGGCAAUCUACCGCUACUUUAAGGUGGUCCACCCUCACCAUCGGUUCAACCGCAUGAACAAGUGGCAGGCUGCAGUCGUGUCAGUGUUUGUCUGGCUGCUGGUCAUCAGCCCUCGGGUUCCCAUGCUGGCAUACAACCACAUCAAGGGCAGUGGAAACAAAACCCAGUGCUUCUUCUUCACUUCUUACAAAGAGGCGUCACGGGCCAUCAUCAUCCUGGUCGCCAUGCACCGAAUUCUGACGGUCCUGGAGUUCAUCAUCCCGAUGGCCAUGCUGCUGUUCUGCUCCAUCCGGAUCUCCAGGUUCCUGAAGAAGCGUCAGAUGGGAAAUCCGGACAAGGUGCGAAAGGCGAUGAGAGUUUGUGCUAUCAUCGUGGCAGUGUUCGUAAUUUGCUUCUUACCCACCACGGUGACGACCAUCGGGGUGUGGGUCAUCCGCUCAUACCGCCCAUGGGACUGCACCUCCUUCUACACUUUCACCCAGCUCACCAUCGUGUCUUUGGGGCUGAACUUCUUGAACUCGGCCCUGGACCCCCUCGUCUACGUCUUCUCCAGCUCCAUGUUUAGGAAGGCGCUCUGCAGCUCGCUGCCCAGAGUCCUGUGCUGCAAGCAGGUCGCAGGUGAUAGUAAGAACUUGACGUCCACAUCAGGAACUCAGUCAACCACUGAGCAGGAACUGAAAUCUAUGAGGGCUGACAGAGGGAGUGAAGCCAUGUGAGGAGCUCGUCCUCAGUAAUAAUAAGGAGAGGAUGAAGCAGCACUGAGAAAAAGAAUAUUGCUGUUCCUCCUGAGUUGCAUCGCCUUGUUUUGUGUGUUUGUUAUGUUAAAUUCAUUCCCAGUGAAUCAAAAUCCAGUCCUGAUCUUUGUGUUGUAGAUAGUUUAAGUUGUUUAAAAUACCCAGAACCAAAAAUAUUCAACAUUACGUUUAUCCAUGAUUUUAUUUUGGCGGGUUUCCACCCGCUUUCCUCUGUAACGCCCACAAAGCGUCCCCAGAUUUCAGAUCUUCUAGGAAGUUGUCAGGUUGUGUUGUGAGGGAGAUCCUGACCCAGCGUGCAGAGUUCAUCAUCACAUCAGUGAACAGAGGGACUGACCCGGCUCUCUCUGCCCAGGCUGAGGCUGUUCACUGGGGGAGUGUUCACUGAAGAGUCGGCAUGGAGGACUGAGCAGAUCAAUGUGACUUUUUUCUCAUGUAGUUGUUAUGAAGGAAAAUUUUAUUUACAUUAGUUUUAUUUUCUGAUGUGUAAGUGCUCAUGCAGUGUUUAGUAUCAUCUCUGCUAGAACUUUAAAGUUCUGUGGAUCAGAGCUGUGAGGGUCCCAUGGGUUAAACAUCAGCGUCUGUUUUGGUCACACCUGACUGAAAUGAUCAUUAAGUCACCUGUGAUGGGUAAUGUGCACCAUCUAGUGGACAAAUCAUCAAUUACAUCAGCUGAUCUCACACAUGCAUGUAAUGUCUCUUUACAUACAAUAAAUCUAAUGUAGAUCUGAAUGCACCAGCUAAGCAUCAUAAUAAAUCUAAAUGUAUCACAGUAAUGCACAAAUAAAAUUAUAAUGAUAUCAUG